AUGCCUCCGAAGAAGAAUGACAAGCAGGGUGGCGGCAAGAAGCCGUCCGCCACCAAAUUGGUCGAGGACAGAACCUUCGGCAUGAAGAACAAGAAGGGUGCUCAAGCCCAGAGGCAGAUUGCCCAGAUGACAUCGAAUCUCAAGAAUAGCGGAAGUGCUGAAGAGAAGAAAAAACAGGCUGAGAAGGCUCAGCGCGAGAAAGAAAAGAAGGCUGCGGAGGAUGCCAAGCGAGAAGCGGAGGCAUUGCUGAACAGGCCUGCACAGAUCCAAAAAGUGCCAUUUGGCGUGGAUCCAAAGACUGUCGUCUGCAUAUUUUUCAAGAAGGGCAAUUGUGAGAAGGGCAAGAAGUGCAAGUUCGCUCAUGACCUCGACGUAGAACGCAAGACGGAGAAGAGGAGUUUGUACACGGAUACUAGGAAGGAGGAAGAAGAGAAGAAGAAGGCAGAGACAUCGGCCGACUGGGACGAGGAGAAAUUACGCAGUGUUGUUCUAUCUAAGAAGGGCAAUCAGCGGACAACGACCGACAAGGUUUGCAAAUACUUCAUCGAAGCCAUCGAGGAUGGCAAAUUUAUCUUGAAGACGAGGGAACAACGAGCUGCCGAGAAGGCCCUCAUGGACAAGUCGCCACUUAAAACACUGACUCUGGAGGACUUCUUGGAGACUGAGAGACACAAGCUCACGGGGACACUAACACCCGUUACCCCCGAAAGCUUUGCCAAGUGGAAAAAGGAUCGUCUCGACAAGAAGGCAGCAGAGGAGCAGGCACGGAAGGCCAAGGAAGCAACUGGUCGUGCUCUGUUCGAGAGUGGCAACUGGAGGGGAGACAGCGACGAGUCAGAAGACGACGACGACGAGACUUGGAACCUGGAAAAGCUGCGAGAACAGACCGAGGCGAUACGAGCCAGGAAAGAAGAGGAGCGAUUGCUUGGCAUGUAUUCGAACGGGGAGACAACAGGCGCUCCCGAAGCAAUACAAACCGCUGUCGCUACUUGA